AUGUCAAACGAUUACUCUUUUUAUGCAUCGCUGCAUGCUUAUGCAAAUGAUAACCAAAGUAAACCUUACAAGUACAACUCUAUGUUGAAUUAUAUUUCUCAAGAUACUAACAAACCAGAAGAAUCUAAUACUAAUAAUGAAUCUCAUGAGGCAGAAGGACUUGUUAAUCCAACUACAGAUCUAGCUUCUUUUAAAUUGUUUCUUGAAACAAUUAAGCAAGAUUAUGAGAAUUGUG